CGGGGGAGGCGCCGCGGGGAUGCCCAAAAGGCGGUACCCCUUCGGACCCGCGGGGGCCCCGCUGCAGCUCAAGGUCCGCCUGGGCACCAAGGAGCUCAGCCGAGGCCUCUUCGGAGAGCGCUGCACCCCCGACAUCUUCGAGAAGACGAAGCAGCUUUUAUUCCAAGGGGCCCAGGCCUACAUGGACCACAUGUGGGAUGGGAGCCCAGCGGGGAACUGCGCCGUCCUCCACCUCCCCGAAGAACCCCCCAAAGUCGGGCCCGGGACGGCGACGGCGGGAGCAGGCGGUCUGAGCGGCCAGAUGGUCAUCGGGCAGGACGGCAGGCUGCUCCGGAGGUGCUUGCAGGCCGCUCUCACCGAUCCAUCGGUGGGAGUGUCCAAAGCGUGUUCCUUCUGCGUGCGGACCGUGGACGGGAAAGAGGCCUGCGGCCAGUGUGACCGCUCCAUGUGCCAGAACUGCGUCAAGACCUGCGUCUCCUGCAGCGCAACCACCUGCCCUCUGUGCUCCGUGGCAGACAACGGUGACGUUGGCGAAAAGAUUCUCUGCAGUGGCUGUGCCAUGUUUGAAGCUUAAACCAUCUAUUAGUUUGGACUGUCUCGGCUCCUCAGGUGCCUGAACGCUUCCAGUGACUCCGUCUGUGCCCGGACAGUUACUCGGAACGGCCGCGCUUCUAGUUUGGGGGGGGCGGGGGAUUGGAGAGUUUAAGGGAGGUCUCUAGGCUUGUGGGUUUUCUGUUUUAUACUUCGAAAUAGAAUAAAAUCUUUUAUAUUGUGAUCGCUGCAGAGGA